ACCUUGAAGGGCAAAAUGCAAUGGCUGUGGGAGCAACAACAAAGCUACUUGGAUCUUUUUGGUGGAAUAGUUACUGUCUCAGUUGGACACUGUCAUCCGAAAGUUAACGAGGCAGUCAAAGCUCAAGUGGACAAACUUUGGCAUACAACACAAAUAUACAUGCACCCAAACAUUCAUGAAUAUGCUGAGAAACUGACUGAGAAAUUUCCUGGUAAUCUAAAGGUUUGCUUCUUUGUAAAUAGCGGAUCUGAAGCAAAUGACUUGGCAAUGUUUCUUGCACGGCACUACACAAAGAGCUUUGACUUUAUUUCAUUGAGGAAUGCAUAUCAUGGAGCUAGUCCUUAUACCAUGGGUAUGACUGCUGUUGGCACAUGGAAAUUUAACCAUCCGCUUGGAUUUGGUACCCUGCAAACAAUGAAUCCUGAUGUUUACAGAGGAUUAUGGGGUGGGUCAAAGUGUAAAGAUUCAAUUGCACAGACCACUAGGAAAUGUAACUGCUCUGAAGGACACUGCGAAGCAACAGAUAAUUACAUUGCCGAAUUUGAAGACAUGUUAAGGCACUCAUGUGGGAAAAAAGUAGCAGGAUUUAUAGCAGAAUACAUACAGGGUGUAGGUGGUUCAGUCCAAAUGCCACGGGGAUUUUUACCAAAGGCAUACAAAUUGAUUCGCGACCACGGAGGUGUCUGCAUUUCCGACGAGGUUCAGACUGGUUUUGGUCGUUUGGGUACGUCAUAUUGGGGAUUUGAAGAAGCGGGUGUUAUUCCAGAUAUAGUUACAAUGGCAAAGGGCAUCGGUAAUGGCUAUCCACUGGCAGCUGUUGUCACAACUCCAGAGAUAGCAAGCGUGAUGGGUGAAGCCCUUCAUUUCAAUACGUUUGGUGGUAACGCACUUGGUUCUGCCGUCGGAAUGGCAGUUUUGGAUGCCAUUGAAGAAGACGGCACUCAGCACAAUUCUCACGUGGUCGGCACGCAUCUUCUUACCGAAAUGCUGAAACUUCGCGAUGAAUUCGAGGUCGUAGGCGAUGUGCGUGGAAAAGGUUUGAUGAUCGGAAUGGAGCUCGUCUCGGAUAAGGAUUCUAAGAAAGCUUUACCGGCUGAAGACAUUAUCGAAAUUUGGGACGAUAUGAAGGACAUGGGAAUAUUAGUUGGAAAAGGAGGAGUUUACGGAAAUGUAUUCCGUGUUAAACCUCCAAUGUGCCUAACGAUAGAAGACGCUGACUUUGCCAUCUCGGUGAUGCGGAGAUCUUUUGAAAACUAUCACGACAAAAGGAAAUGAACAUGAAUUAAUUUUUAAUUGUACAUAAAUGAUGAAAUCAUUUUCUCCAUUUUUCAAUUUACAGUUUAUGGUAUUAAUGCACACAAGACUGACUUGUUGUUGAUCGACCAUGUCAUGUCUUACAUAAUUAAUCUAGUAAUGUCAGAUACCUGUUCGCACCAGUGAUACGCACCAAUUUUACACCAAAUACGGGAAGAAGAAAUUAUCACAAUCAAUUAUAAUUUGGAUUGGAAACCAUAAUCAAUGCUAUCGAUCAUGUUGAUUGACAAUAUUUGGGUUGACGUCGAUUAACCGAAACUUGAUGAUUUUGCAUGCUAUGGGAUAUCAGUUAAGCAUUUGUUAAGAAAUAAAUUCUAUCUUAUUAAUCACAAA